UCCGGAGCCGGACGUACACCGGGACGCCGGGGUAAAGGUUAUCCGGUUUCGUCCUUCAGGAACAUGGUUUUAAAGUACAGCCAAUUAGAUCAAGAGAAUGUCUGUCAUCUGACAGACAAGAGUUCAUUACUGAAGCACCAAUUUUAUCUCAUUCUCUGGUCACCGGAGCUCGUAGAGCCCGGAUGGCUCAUUCGAGGCAGUCACCAUCGACUCGUAGGACACAAAGCAGUCCAAUACGAUCAAUGGAUCAACUGCGAUCAAGUGCUCGAUACAGCAAACUGGUGCUGCCUUCUAAAUCCUCUUCUUACUGGGCUGCAAAUGGCCCAUAAACUAACAACGUCAAAUAUUGCUAUUGUGACAACAAUGGGCUUUCACAUAUUUGAUCUCCUUUACACAGACCCGGAGCAAGUCCGUGCCUUCCUGGCCGCAAUGGCUAAAGAAGGGCUAGUUGCAGGGGUUUAUUUGUGGAUCAAUCGAACCAACGGGAAAAUAUACGUAGGAUCCUCGAUCAAUCUGUACUCGCGUAUCUCGUAUUAUCUUGCUUUAAACGGUAUUCAUGGUACCAUCGGAAAGGCCCUCCUCAAAUAUGGUUUAGUUGGUUUCAUAUUAGUCAUUUUUCUCGUCCCCGACGCCUCCUUAGUGCUUGCUCUGGAGCAGAGUGUGCUUGACGGUUGUAUCUGUGCCUAUAAUAUCCUGCCCACUGCUGGUUCUUCUGCCGGGGCAAAACACUCUGAGGAGACAAAAGCGAAGAUUUCUGCUUCUGUGAAGGGGAAUAACCCCUCGGAGGAACACAAGGCAAGGAUAUCGGCUGCUAAUAAGGGGAAGAAACACUCCGAUGAAAGAAAAUCGAAAAU